AUGGCAAGUGCGGUUUGGUACGACAAGUGGGAGCGGGGCGGGGGCGCGGGCGGCGGCGGCGCGGGGGGCACGUGGCCGGGGCGCGAGCCGCGCGACGGCCACGACGCGCGCGCCGCCGAACCGCGCGAGGUGCGAGACCGCGAGCGCGAGCGCGACCGCGAGCGCGAGCGACAGGCGCGCGCCCACCAGAUGUCCAACGCGCGCCCCGCCGAGCCCGACGCCUCGUCGCUCUUCCCUGCGCCUUUUAGGGUGUCUGGCGACAGGGAUCGCGUGAGCCAGCAGAUCCAGACAAAGCUAGGCGACUACCGGCUAGCGCAAACGCUGAUCGAGGACCCCAGCAAGUCGAUCGGUAUUUGCGCCGAGCCCGCCAGCCCCGCACCCUGUGAGUACCUAGCUUUACUUUUAUCUUAUACCUACUCGAAUUUAUACUAUGCUUAGACGAUUUUCGAACGAAUUAUAUACUUUUAUUGUAAAAAACGUACCGGAAUAUACCUCUUUCUCUGCUACCUUUUGUAUUUAUACUUGUCACUAUAAUCAACCGAAUAUCGGCUUAAAGGACACAAUGCUCCUCUUAGAAUGAGAAAGGUUAAGACAUGAAGUAGUACACCACGUUGGCCAAAUACUGAUUGUUGAACUUCUCACGCCUUUGAUAACAUUAUGGAGAAUUCUCAAACAUGCAUAUAUCCUUAUGAUGUUUUCCGUUACUGUUAAGGCAAGUGAUAUAAUUGCUUACAAUUAACAUUUGUCCGAAAAGUUAAGAGUUGCGUGCCGGGUAUCGA